CUGUGUGCUUCCGGACAGCGCAAGCACACACACAGUGGAUGUUAUUAUUAUGGUGUGUGUGCUGCAGUUUGUGUUUCCUUCCAUCAUGGCAGGGUUUGGCUUCGUCCUGGUGAUCUUCAUGUUGUCUCUGUGUCCCGGUGACUCCAGGUUCAUCAAAGACCCUGUCUUGUCCAUGCAGGGCAGACUGACCUCUGGUGUGUGUUCAGAAUGCAACCAGAUGCUGGAGCUUUCCACCAACAUGAUCUCCAACAAAGAGAAUCAGGAGGUGUUGUAUGAAACCCUGCUUGCUCUGUGCCAGCGCCUCCCUGCAGGACAGGCAUCAGAGUGUGGCAUACAGGUGCAAAUUUUUUGGCCCAAAGUCCUGCAGUAUGCAGCUGGUUAUCUGAAACCAGGCCAGGCGUGUAUGGUCAUGGGACUAUGUGCUGACCAGCCAGAGAAGGAAAUGCUGAAACCUCCCCACCUUCUCUCGGAUCAAGAUAAAUCCAGCCUUGCACCCAUCAUGGGCACCAGCGCCCAUUUCAGGGAGCAGAUCAGCCCACAGUGCACGCUGUGCUUGUUUAUCAUGAGAAAACUGGAGGAGAUGCUGCCCCAAAAUAAGACACAGGAAGCUGUCAUGAAGCUGAUGGGAGAGGUCUGUGAUUUUAUGCCUGAUAAAUAUAAGGAACAGUGUCAUGAUUUCAUCAACAGCUAUGGCAAAGAGAUCAUUGACUUCCUGCUCUCGUCAGCUGCUCCUCACACAAUCUGUGCUGUGCUGCACCUCUGCUUGUUCAAGGACACGUCUGGUACCGAGAUGAUCCCUCCCUCUGAAUGUGAGUCAUGCCGCACACUGGCUGUCCUGAGCCGACUCCACCUGGGUCUCAACUCCACUGAACCUCAGACCUCCUCUUUCCUUCAGUCUGUGUGCUUCCAUCACCCCAAUGCCAUCCCUAAGUGUGAGGUGUUUACCAAAAUCUAUGGCUCCAGGCUGCAGAAGGUAUUGGGAAACCAGAUGGACGUCCCAGAUGCUUGUGAAAGAGCAGAUCUGUGUGUUGCUGUGAAGAAGCCGGAGCGUCUGGGAAAGGAGCGCUGCACCUUGGGACCCAGCUACUGGUGCCAAGACACUAAAAUCGCUCAGAAGUGUGGAAAUUUGGCCUUCUGUGAGAAGUACAUGUGGAAGUAGAGAGAAACAAACCUGCCAGUCACUGAAGCUUGUGUCCGCAAAAAAUCAUUUUUACAAAUGUUAUUGCACUGAUCAACUUACUUUCUACUGAUGUAUUGCACUGAUGAGUUCUUAUUUCAAAAUGCACUACACUGGUCUCUUGCUUUUUGUAGAUGCAUUGCAUCUACAUUGCACUGCAUUGCAUAUACAAAAUUGUAAACGCAUUGCAUUUUUUUGGUUGUUUUAACUUGAAAGCUAUGUCCUUUAAGUUGUCUUAAAAUUAUGAAGUUUGCCUAAUGUGAUGUGUGAUUGUAUGAGUAAUUCAGUCAAAAACGUCAGUUUCUGCAGCCUUGUGAAGUGUUUUUUUUUUUUGUUGUUGUUGUUGUUUUGUAUAUUAGCAUAAGAAUGUUAAUGUGACUGAAAAUGGCAGAAACACUGUCCACAUGUUGUACCUUCAAAUCAGCACAACAUGCAAUAAAGAUUAUUUGGACUUAUUAAA